GAGCUUCAAUCGUAUCCGGAUUUUGCAAUUUUUCGUUGAACAGUUUUGGUGAAUUUUUGUUGUUGUUUCAAUUCGAUAGUGAAAAUUGAAUAAGUCGGUGCUUGAAAAUAUGUCGUCGAACAUAGAUUUAUCGUCAAUUUCACAAAAUGGCAACAAUUUAUACGAAAAGAAUAAUGUGCCGAAUGGCAUCAAAUUGGGCCGUAUAUUUCCAUCUUGCCCCGGAGAGGAAAUUGUUAUAAGUGGCGUUGCUGGACGUUAUCCGAAUUGUGAUAAUGUUGAAGAAUAUCGUCAUCAUGUGUACAACAAGAUUGAUAUGACAACCGAAGAUGAAUCGCGUUGGAGUAACAGCCUGAGUCAUGAAUUGCCAAAGCGAAAAGGCGUUUUGAAGGAUAUUCAUAAAUUUGACGCCGCAUUCUUUGGUAUCCACAGUAAGCUAGCCAAUAAUAUGGAUCCACAGGGUCGUAUAAUUAUUGAAACUGCUUACGAAGCAAUUCUUGAUGCUGGCAUACAUCCAAAAUCAUUGCGUGACACGAAAACAGGCGUCUUUGUUGCCGUUUGUUUUUCAGAAGCCGAAAAAAAUAUGAUAUUCGAUCAAAUUAGUGGUGAUAGCGGUUUGGCUUUGUCUGGUUGUAGCCGAGCAAUGAUUGCAAAUCGGAUUUCUUAUUGCUUGAAUCUAACUGGACCAUCGUUCACCAUCGAUACAGCCUGUAGCAGCUCAAUGUUUGCACUUGAUCAGGCUUUUACGGCACUCAGAAAUGGUACAUGUGAUAAUGCCUUGGUUUGUGGCACCAAUCUAUUAUUACACCCGUAUACUACGAUCAAUUUCAACCGAUUGGGUGUAAUUUCAAAAGAUGGUUUCUGCCGACCAUUCGAUGAAAAUGGAGCGGGUUACACACGUUCCGAAGCAGUUUGUUCAUUAUUUUUACAAAAGUCUCGCGAUGCAAAACGUAUUUAUGCAAAAGUCAUCUAUUCGGAUACAAAUUGUGAUGGUUUUAAGAACGAAGGUAUUCUUCAUCCAUCGAGUAAAAUGCAAUACGAAUUGAUCAAUGACUUUUAUCAACAUUUAAAAAUUGAACCGCAAAGGGUAUGCUAUAUCGAGGCUCAUGGAACUGGAACGAAGGUCGGUGAUCCACAAGAGUGCGGAACUAUUGAUAAAGUCUUUUGUAAAAACCGCAAAGAGCCAUUGCUCAUUGGUUCGGUCAAAUCAAAUAUGGGUCACACAGAGGGUAGCUCGGGUAUUUGUUCCAUAACAAAGGUUAUUUUAGCUUUUGAAUCUGGAAUUGUUGCUCCAAAUUUGAAUUUCGUUAGUGUGAGGAAAGAUAUUCCCGCCCUUGUGGAAGGUCGUUUGAAAGUGUGCUCGGAAUUAACACCACUCUCCGGAAGUUUGGUGGCAGUUUCUUCAUUUGGUUUUGGUGGUGCAAAUGCGCACGUACUUCUGGAACGAUUCGAAAAGGAAAAGGUCAACUUUGGAAUGCCAAGUGAUUCAGUACCACGAUUAGUAUUAUGGGCAGCGCGGACCAAAGAAGGAGUAGAGAAACUGUUUAAUAAUCUUGAGACAAAACCACUGGAUGCUGAAUUUAUAUCGCUUUUACAUAAUAUUCAAAAGUAUGAACAGACUGGAUUUCUAUAUCGAGGAUAUAGUAUUUUAGAAAUGAAUGAUACCAAUAACAACGACACAACUGUUCGCAAAAGUUAUAUGAUUGACCGUUACGAUGCAACAAAACGACCGAUUGUGUGGAUGUUUACUGGCAUGGGAUCACAAUGGACUGGAAUGGCCACUUCAAUGAUGCAAAUCGACUUGUAUCGUGAAACCAUUCACAGAUGCCAUGAAAUUUUGAAACCGUACGGUUUGGAUUUAAUAUCAAUCGUCACUUCCACCGAUGAAUCCACAUUUGACAACAUCAUAAAUUCAUUUGUUGGCAUUUCCUCAAUUCAAAUAGCAAUUGUAAACAUUCUAAAAGCGCUGCAGAUACCACUCGAUUACUGUAUUGGACACUCUGUUGGCGAACUCGGAUGUGCCUAUGCUGACGGCACCAUAACUGCUGAACAAAUGCUGCUUUCUUCGUACGCACGUGGAUUAGCUAGUGUCGAAACGAAAGUUACUUGUGGAUCGAUGGCCGCUGUUGGACUGAGCUACGAAGAAGUCAAAGACAUGCUACCGGAAGGCAUUGAAGUUGCAUGUCACAACAGCUGUAAUUCGGCGACGUUGUCGGGACCAAAGGAAGAUGUUUCUCAGUUUGUUGCAAAACUAACUGCAGACGGUGUAUUCGCCAGAGAAGUGGCCUGUUCCAAUAUUCCAUAUCAUUCAAAGUACAUUGCCGAAAUGGGACCAAAAUUGUUGGCUCAUCUAAAAGAAAUCAUUCCGUUGCCAAAACGACGUUCGGAUAAGUGGAUUAGUUCGAGCGUUCCCAAAGAUGAGUGGAAUCAAGAGAAAAAUCAAUUCAGCUCCGCCGAAUAUCAUACAAAUAACUUGUUGAAUCCAGUGCUAUUCGAAGAGGCAGCUAAAAAUUUGCCAGAAGAUGCAAUCACCAUCGAAAUUUCACCACACGGCUUACUCCAGGCCAUUAUCAAAAAAUGUUUGCCGAAUGGCGUUCAUGUUCCAUUAACAAAUCGAGCAAAUAAGGAUAAUCAAUGCAUUUUCUUUUUAUCCUCGUUAGGAAAACUCUUUAUGAAUGGUGUUUCAAUGCAUGUGGAGCAUUUAUAUCCAGCCAUAAGCUAUCCGGUUUCGCGCGGAACACAAAUGAUAUCGCCGAUGAUUCUAUGGGAUCACAGUCAAGAUUGGUUUACCAGCGAAUUCAAUGAAAAGGCAAUGAAAACAUCAUGUGAACGUAAAAUAAUUUUGAAUUUAGAUGAUGAUGAUGAUGUCAAAUAUAUGACUGGCCAUAUUAUCGAUGGACGAUGCCUUCUACCUGCCACUUCUUAUUUACACUUUGUUCGAGAGAGUAUAGUGUCAAUGAUGACAAGUAAAACCUUUAAUAAUUUGGAUAUUGAAUUCGAGAAUGUUAGGUUCCUUCGAGCUACAUCGCUUGUACCAAGUACUUUAGUACACCUAACGGUUAUGGUGCAGGCAGGAACCGGAAAUUUUGAAAUAAGCGAAGGUGAUACCGCUGUUAUUAGCGGUAAAGUAAAAGCCCUAACAAAUGGCGAACCAAUAAAGGACCUCUCUCAAUUAAUAAAAUCAGAUCAUUCGAUUGUUUUGGAUAGCAAAGAUUUCUAUAAGGAGCUUCGUCUGCGUGGUUACCAUUAUGCCGGUAUAUUUAAAUCUGUCACUGAAAUUCGAGGCGAUGGAACUCUUGGAAUGAUUAAGUGGAAUGAUAAUUGGCCAGCAUUCAUGGAUUGCAUGUUGCAAGUCGGCAUCCUUGCAAUCGACUCACGAUCGCUUUAUUUACCGACGAGCAUUCGUAAGAUUUGUAUUAACACCGCCAAGCACUUAAAAGCCGUUGAACAAUUGGAUCCCGAAAAUCCCGUAAUGGAGGUGAGAAUGUGCAAGGAGCUUGGCAUUGUUACAUGUGGUGGAAUCGAAAUCGAAGGUCUUGUUUGUAGUUCAGUUAGCCGUCGUAAAGCACCGGGCACUGAAGUUUUGGAGUCAUAUCAAUUCAUCCCAUUCAAUAAUGACUCAAUUCAAUACUCUACCGAUGAAGCGGCCUCAAUUGCAAUGCAAAUCGCUUUGGAAAAUUUAAUGCAAUAUAAAAUUAAGAUCGUUGAAGUCGAUGCAAAUGAACCGGAACGACAGACAUUGAUUCAAGCAUUUGACGAAGCAAUCGUUAACAUUCCAUUGUUGGUGGCCGAUUUAACGCUAUUGCGUAAAGACAAACUUGAAAUUGAUCAUGUUAAAGUGGAAGACGGAGAACUUAAAAAUGAAACCAAUUGCCAAUUAAUUAUCGGGUCAAAGUGGCUAAAUAACAAUGAGAUGAUUGCACAAGCAGAGGCCAGUUUGACUGACAAAGGGUUCUUACUUUUGCGCGAAGAAAGUACGAUUCGAUGGAACGAGGUUGAACGACCCGAAGGCUUCAAUAUGAUCUCACUUAUCAGAAUUCCAGACGAGACUCUCAUACUGCUUCAACGCAAUCAACCGGAAACCAGCAAAACCAUUAUUAAUAUCGAUUCAAAAGAUGUGGCAUUCAAAUGGCUUCAACCGCUCAAAGAAGCCGUUAAAAGUGGGGUCACCAUCGCGUUGGAAGAAAAGAGUGAUGAUUCGGGAAUUCUUGGAUUGAUUAAUUGCAUUCGACGCGAACCAGGAGGGAAUAUGGUUCGAUGUGUGUUGAUCGAUGACAAAUCAGCACCACAAUUCGAUCUCAACGAUCCAUUGUAUGGCGACCAAAUGAAACUUGACUUGGCCGUCAAUGUGUAUAGAAAUGGUCAAUGGGGUGCAUAUCGACAUCUCACACUCAAAAAAGACAUCGAAGAAAAGGAACGAAAUGAACACUUUUAUGCCAAUUUGACACGAAUUGGUGACUUAUCAACAUUUGAAUGGAUGACUGGUUGGAUCGAUGCAAACAAAUCAAAAAAUCUCAUUAAUAUCCAAUAUUCAGCCAUCAAUUUCCGUGAUGUAAUGCUUGCAACUGGAAGAUUACCACUCGAAGUUCACAGCACAAAUAGAUUGCAUCAACAGUGCGUACUUGGAUUAGAAUAUUCAGGAACUAAUAAGGCUGGAGAGAGGCUAAUGGGUAUGGUUGCAAUCGGAGCUAUGGCCACACAAACUGAAUAUUUUGAAAAUUUAACUUGGAAGGUUCCAGCAAAGAUGUCACUGCGUGACGCGGCCACAAUUCCAGUAGUAUAUGCAACGAUUUAUUAUGCAUUCUUCUUUUAUAAACCGAUCUCAGGUGGAAAGUCCAUUCUCAUUCAUGCCGGCAGUGGUGGCAUUGGCCUGGCAGCUAUUCGAAUUGCAUUGGCAUAUGGAAUGGAGGUGUACACCACUUGCUCGACAGAGCAAAAGAAACAAUUUAUACUGGAUCAGUAUCCACAGAUUAAAGAAGAGAACAUUGGAAAUUCGAGAGAUUGUUCAUUUGAGCAGAUGAUAAUGAUUCGUACAAAGGGCAAGGGAGUUGAUUACGUGUUAAACUCAUUGGCUGAAGAUAAGCUAGCAGCGUCGGUUCGGUGUUUGGGCAGGGCCGGAGUAUUUCUGGAAAUUGGAAAGUUCGACAUUAUGAACAACAGCAAUUUAGCAAUGGGAACAUUUGCCAAAGAAAUUCAAUUUCGUGCCGUUUUCGCCGAUAAUUUGAUCCAUUACCCUAAAGAACGCGAAAUUUUAUUCAAAAUGAUUGAGAAAGAUCUGGAAAGUGGUUUGAUUCAACCGCUUCAUUCUACCGUGUUCCAGGCGAACGAAGUUGAAAAAGCGUUCCGUUAUCUCAGCACUGGCAAACAUGUUGGCAAGGUUUUAAUUCAAAUUCGAGAAAAUGAAAACUCGAAAUUGUCAAGCCCAAUGAGAGUAUUUUCAAGAGCAUACUGUGAUCCUCAAAUGGUUUAUAUAAUCGCCGGUGGUUUGGGCGGUUUCGGUUUGGAAUUGGCCGAUUGGCUCAUUUUAAGAGGUUGUAGGAAACUCGUGCUCAGCUCACGUACUGGCGUAAAAAAUGGAUACCAAGCUUAUCGAAUCAAAACAUGGGAGUCAUACGGGUGUAAAAUUAUAAUUAGUACGGCUGAUAUAACGACACAUCAAGGAUGUAAAAAUCUCAUUGUUGAAUCACUCGUUCACGGUGCAGUUGGUGGUAUUUUUAAUUUGGCAGUGAUCUUGCGUGACAGCAUUUUUGAAAAUCAAAGCGGUGACACGUUCUUUGAAUCGUUUGGGCCAAAGGUGUUUGCCACACGAUAUCUGGAUGAGCUAUCACGAGUUUUGUGUCAACAACUGCACUACUUUGUUUUAUUUUCGAGUGCAUCGUGUGGGCGCGGCAAUGCCGGCCAAACGAAUUACGGUAUGGCAAAUUCGAUUAUGGAACGAAUUAUUGAGAAACGUGUUAGAGACAAUUUACCUGGAAAGGCUAUUCAAUGGGGUGCCGUUGGUGAAGUUGGGCUCGUUGCCCAGAUGGCCGAGGACAAAAUCGAUCUUGAAAUUGCCGGAACUGUACAACAACGCAUCGCUGCCUGUCUCAAUGUAAUGGACAGACUUUUAUCAUCAAAGAAGCCGGUGGUUUCAAGCAUGGUCGUGGCUCAAAAGCAUGCUAUCAGCAAAAUGAACCUGAUUCAAAGUGUACUACACAUUAUGGGAAUUCAGGAUAUAAAGUCCGUAUCAAUGAAUUCUACAUUGGCUGAGCUUGGUAUGGAUAGUUUAAUGGCAGUUGAAAUCAAACAAGUGCUGGAACGUGAAUUUGAUGUUAUUUUAACAGCCCAAGAUUUACGAACUCUAACAUUUGCAAAACUUCAAGAGUUCACUGAUUCUGGAAAGAGGGGCGAACUAUCAAGCAUAAAUAAUGUGUCCACAAAAGAAACGAACAUAGAAAAAAAUAUUUUGCUACGCAGCUUGGGCAAUGAACAAACGGCCGAUAAAAUCAUAUUGCCAUUGUAUGAGACCGAUACAACGAAGGAGAACGAUGUCUAUGCGCUUUUUAUUCCUGGAAUCGAAGGUGUUAUCAGUCCAGUUUUACAAUCAUUAUGCAAGAGCAUCAAAGUACCUAUUUAUGCACUUCAAUUGCAUGCCCACUGCAAAGAGGAAUCAUUUUCAAAUCUGAUUGCGUCCAUUUCAAAGGAUGUGCUGAAUUUAUUCAAUGGCAAAAAGAGAUUCAUCCUUAUCGGUCAUUCGUUUGGUGGAUUGGUUGCACUUUCAUUGGCACGAAUACUUGAACAAAGUGGAUUAACUGGUGAUGUCAUCGUUGCAGAUGGUUCGGUGUCUCUAUUUAAACGAUUCCUCAAGGCAUUGCUACCGAACAUGGAUCCAAGUAUCGAAAUUGUUGAGAACUUUUUACAGACCCAAUUGGUGUACGAAAUUCUACCUGAAAUCAAUUCAGACGAAAUUCAAAAAAUAAUACAUGGAGAGAAAACAUUUGAUGGUCGAAUGGAUAAGUUCUUGAGCCAAAUGAAAAAACACGAAUAUUCGACUGAAUACCUCAAGAAUAUAGCAUAUGGACUUAAAAAUCGCAUUCGAAUGGUAUUGCAAGAGAAUGAGGAAUACGUCGGCGAUAAAAUCAAAUCGAAUAUCACAUUGAUUUGUCCCACGGCUAAAUUAGUUGUUGAUAUUGACAACGAUUAUCAACUCACUCAAUACACAAACGGUCGCAUGUUUGUUCAUACGAUCGAAGGCAGCCAUUUAACUAUGUUGGAUAAUGUGCAACUAUAUGAAAUCAUCAAUGAUAUCUGCAUGAACGAAAAACAUUGUUAAUUCAAUCACACAUAAUCAUAAAUUUGCUAGAUUUUCAAUCGCGGUUAUAUUUGUUCUUAUUAAAUGGAGAGGUAAAUGUAAAAUUAAGUACGUGGAUUUUGGUUGUAGGAAUGGAAGUUAUUUCUAAAUAAAAUCACAUAAAUAAAUAGUCAAAA